GCGCCUACCAUGCUUUGGAUCACAUAUGUUAGACAUGAUUGUGAUGGAAAUGGUCAAGAGUUUUUGGGUGAUGAAGAAGUGAAUUCCAUAGAAGUUGAUUCUCAAAACAUGAGUUUGGAUGCACUUAGAACAGAAAGUAACUCCACUAAGAGCAAAUUAUAUAGCGACAAGGAAAAAGCUCAAUCAUCAACUUCUGCGGUGAGUGUUUAUGGACCAUCUAAGAAAAGAAAAAAAUCAAUCUAUUGGGAGCACUUUGAGCAAGUUGAUAAUAAUGGGUAUCACAGGUGCAAAUAUUGUAUAAAAAAAUUCGUGCAGUAGUAAAAAAUGGCAGAAGUGGCAUGAAAAAUCAC